UGAAACAAAAUGAAAGUAGAUAAAGUGGGAAUUCCACACCUGUAAAUACCCACAUCAAUAUUUAGCAAUGGACUCUCCUAGUAUAACACCCCAAAUUGAAACAGGUAUACAGCAUAUGUCAGAGUCUGUGUUUGUGGGACUGUGUCAUACUGUGGGGACCUCACAACUGGUGGCAAUGAGAAGAGAUGUGACAGACAUUGAUGAGAUGGUGUGGAAUAGAGUAACAAGAAGUAACCAGAACAUGAUGAUGUUGAGUGGAAGUAGAAGAGAAGGAUUCAGAAUGAAGGGAUCUGAUAUUGAUAUCAUGUAUUGGUUAAACAUCCACCGAGUGAUCUGGGACUUAUCUCAGACCCAGUUUUACAAUGUGCACAGACAAUUCCUGAUUCUCUCUGUCUCUUCUGAAAGUCCACCCGGAUUUACUUUACUUCAAUUACUGUCACCAAGAGCAGACAACAGAGUUAUCUCAGCAUUAGUCACAAUGAAUGGUGGACAUUAUAUAUCAAGUUCUAAAUACAGAGAGAUCACAUGUUCUGAUAUAAGGACCAACUCUACAGUACAUGGUCCAUGUGGCAGUGGAACUAGAGAUGGAAUAGAAUAUGAUGAUGCCCACUGUUUUGUGUGUGACUUUUGGCCUCCGUCUGCCUCCUCUUGGAUAGACAGAUGUCACACAUGGCCUCAGCCACAGGUUGUUAGGGACAUAGUCAGAAGUGGAUGUCACUUUGUAGCAACAGGACACAAAUUAGGAAAUCAUGAAAGCAAUGAAUGGAGAAUUUCAUUUUCUCUGGCAGAACAAAAACUUGUGUACUCAAUGAACCACUGUCAAUUCUUAACUUACGGUUUGCUAAAAUUGUUUUUAAAAGAAGUCAUUAACAAUGGAUUACGUGAUAAUGAGAAAUUACUGUGUUCCUAUCACAUGAAGACAGCAGUUUUCUGGACGAUGCAACGAAACACAAUACCUAACUGGUGUCCACAGAAUAUCCUGAAAUGUUUCUGGUACUGCUUUAAGCUCAUCCUUAAAUGGGUGUAUGAGGGAGUCUGUCCUAACUUCUUCAUUCCAGAAAACAACAUGUUUCUCAGUAAUAUCCAUGGUGGAGCACAAAACAGAUUAUUUGUUCGACUGUUUGGCUUUUAUGAAAAAGGCUUAGCAUCCCUGCUACACAGUCCUUCCCUCGGGUCUUAUAUCAUGAAUGUGCUUUAUAACCCCAGACUCAGUAUUUGUACUGAUGAACACACUUUGCUAUCUGAAAUCAAGUUUGAUACAGAAAUGUUCAGUGAAAUAGAACAAAAAUAUGCAUUAACCUCAUCAGACCUCUGCCUCAUCAUGAAGUACCUAAACACAGUAGAACAGUUGACAGUCUCACCCCUGACACAGUAUCAAGUUGUCAUGUUACAGGAACUUACAGCCUCCCUCCUUCACAGUGCUGCUUUUACAUUACAAAACAUGUACAGCAACACCACUGAAAACAAGCUGAUGUAUAUUGCUGACAGAAUGUCCUGUCACAUGUUGAAACUCGCAGCCAAGUUUGGGUGUAUUUCUGAAGGGUUGUACAUUGCAAUGUAUUAUUACAAGACACUCAGAUACACAGAAGCUUUGUCUGUGAUAGAGAUGACAAAGGUCAACUUAGCUCAGCCAUAUGUGAUGUAUAACUGGACAGUAGACACAGAGAGGUAUACCGAGGCUGUAGGGGGACGGUCCUGGUCUACAAAGUUAAGACAUGCUGUAGCAUGGGAUAUCAAAUUAUACAACAGAAUCAUUUAUAUCAAUGAAUUAAUGACAGAGCAGAUGGUUUCCUUACAGAACCAUCAUAUUUUGUUCAUCCCACCCCUAGUUGUGUUACACAUGCUGGAGUUCUUGUGUUACAGACAUACUGACACAAUGAGAGCACAAACAGCUCUUAAUGAUCUACAGGUCCUAGUUCACCAUGAUCAGGGGCUGUAUGUAAAUGUGAUCUUAAGAGACAUAUCAUGGCAGAUCCUGGGUAUCUGUCAACAGAUCUCAGGGAACCUCCAGGCUGCUCUAUACUCCUACCAACAAUCACUCAGACAAUAUCCAUGGCAUAAAAUACAAAGUGCUACACUAAUGAGAAUACAUGAACUCGGAUAAGUACAAUAUUGUAAAUUUGAAUAGUUCAUGCUCGUUUAACUAAUGAAUUAUUUAUUGCCAGCAAACUCCAUCAGUGAAUUAAGGAUGGAAUCUUAUCAUAUUUACUGGACGCAUUGAAAUGUGAUAUUUUGCAUGUAUAUAUUUGAAAACAUGUACAUUCUUUUCAUUUAUAACCAUUCAGGUGUUGAGGUUCUUAAUUUUGUGUCCAGAUCAAUUAAAAGUCAUGGGUUUUUUUUUAUUGCCAGGCUGUCCAGCACUCUCUGGCAAAAAUAAGGGCUAAUUUUAGGGCUAAAAUUACCAAAAUUUAGGGCUAUAAUCAGGAUUUUCAUAACUAAAUUGGGGCAGUUUUAGACAUUUAAAUGGUCUUACUUUCGAAAUUUUUGCAAUUAAGAAACUCACAAAAAUACUUUCCGUGCAGGAGGAGCGUCUUCCAGCUAUUAUUGGCUAUAACAUUAAUAGUUACAUCUUUGUCACAAAAUCACAACCAAUAAACAAGCUUGACACAUGGAUCCACUGGUCAUAUUUAGUUUGAAUGCAUUUUCAAAAUUGCUAGAGUAGAAAUAUACUUUUAGAAAAUAGGAAUUGAUGGAGAAAUUAGGCUUUUUUAGGACUUCACCUUGAAUUUAACAUUUUUUAAAGGUAUUUUAGGGCCACUGGGGUUUAUUCCCACUUAGCCAACAUUUUGAAAAAUCCUAUUCCCACAUAGUCAACAUUUUGAUUUUUACACCUGAGUGAUCAGCAAGCUAUAGUCUGUUUUCACAGGUUGUCGAUACAUGAUUUCUAUUUCAUUUGUGUCUCAUUUAUUAUCAUAUCUUAUAACAUUUUAAUAUGCAACAUUAAUAAAAUAUUAUUACUUUAUACAAGCACUUUUUAUUUCAUAUCAUGUAUUUUAGAGUUGAAAUAGUAUCUACCAUAAAUGUAAUUCUAAAUUGCAUGAUAAAACAAAAUAACUAAAUAAAUAUUUAAUGUUUAUCAUUUGAAACUUGGUAUUUUUUUAGGUACAUUAACGUUAAGCUAUAAUUUAAAGUAAGAUCCAGCAAAAUAAAAUUCAUAAAUAGAAGGAAAACAAACCAGCUCAUUAUUUAAAAAAGAUAAUUUUUAAAGUUAUUUGAUUAUAGAAAUCAUAAUAUCAUUAAAUGAAUUAUUUAAAAAAAGGAAAGAAUCUCAAUAUAUUCUAUCAUUAUACAUGUAUAUAUCCUACAAAAUAUUCUUAUUGCCUUAUUCUGGUUAUAUCUGAAAACAGACUAUAGCCUACCUGUAAUUAAAUUCUUUUGUUCUCUACCUGCACCCAAUUCCCACUUAGCCAACACAGAGUUACCUGUAUUUUUUCAAAAUGUUGGCUAAGUGGGAAGACACCGCCACUGGACAGCCUGUAAUUGCAUUACAUAUGUCGCUGUCCUAGAACGGACUAACUCUCAUGGGCACACUCGACCCAGAUCAUCACAUAGUAGCUAGGAGGAACAGCUUUUGUGGAUUAAAACAUAUAUCUCCCCUUUAUAAAACACAUGUUGUUUGUUCAUAAAUUUGAUAAAAAUAAAUACAUGGUAGUACUUUG